AUGGCUGAAAACUCCCAACAUUUCGGUACAAGAGAGGAUACUUCAACUCGUCAUGUAAAUAAUGUGGGCAUUUUAUCAAUGCAAGAGCAGUUGGCAGAGUUAACUUCUAUGGUUCGUCAAAUGGCAAUGAAAAAUGUGCAACAAGUUAAGAAAUAUGAAAUUUGCAAAGAUGUUAGCCACCCUACCGAUGGGUGUCCAAUGCUACAAGAUGAUAGCAUGGAACAAGUAAAUAUGGUUGGACACACGCCCGUGCCCCAUAGACAAUACGAUUCUUACUCCAACACGUAUAAUCCAGUAUCAGUAGAGGAUAGAUGCAAGUAUACAAGAUCUAAAAAACUAGUAAGUCAAAUUGCCUCUGUGAUGAACAGCCUGAAGUUUCAAGGACUAGGAAAACUACCUUCUCAACCUAAGGUGAAUCUAAAGAACGUGAGUGCCAUAACCCUCAUAAGUGAAAAGAAAAUUGAAGGGCCAAAACCUAUAGUUCUGGAGGACAAAAGUGAAGAUCAAAUUGAAAAGGAGAAGGAGGAAGAGGGAUUCAUUAAAACAACUCCUGAGAGAUUGUGCGUCUACAAGAAGAAAUUGAGAGGUGAUGAAAGAAUUGUGAUGGAGGAAAAUGUAUCAGCAGUACAAAAGAAUCUUCCACCCAAGUGUGGAGAUCAGGAAACUGAUAUCAUAAUUCAAUUAGCUGAUCGUACAAAUGCAUAUCCUGUUGGGUUAGUUGAAGAUAUUCUGGUCCAAGUUAAUGAAUUAGUGUUUCCUAGGGAGUUUUAUAUUCUUGACAUGAAUGACAAACGCUCUCUUAAUUCAUCACCGGUUAUACUAGGGAGAUCCUUUCUGAGUACAUCUCGUAUAAAAAUUGAUGUUAAUGAGAGUACUUUGACGAUGGAAUUUGAUGGAGAAGUAGCUCAUUUUAACAUUUUUUAUGAAAUAAAAAAUCCUGUUAACUCUCAUUUUGUGCUUGCCAUUCAUGCUACUAAUCCCUCUGUGCAAAAAUUUUCUGAAUUUGAUUGUAGGGGUAAAUUCAAAAUUGUUACGAACAAGUAUCAUAGGAUGAAAGCAAUUUAUGAGGUGAAAAUGAGUUGA